CUCCCUCCGCGGUGCAGCCGGGUUUUAUGAGCCGCUGUCCCCGCCGCAGCCAAUCAGCGCGCGUGGCCGGGCCCUGCGUGACCUGCGUCGGGCGGCCCGGCCAGGCAAAUGCAGGCGCCCUGCUAGCUGGGCUCGAUUUAAAACGCUUUGGAUUCCCCGGGCCUGGGUGGGGACAGCGAGCUGGCUGCCCCCUUGAUCCUCCACCCCCUGCGCCCCAUGAGCCGACCCUCGGCCUCAUGGAGCCCGGCAAUUAUGCCACCCUGGAUGGCACCAAGGAAAUGGAAGGCUUGCUGGGAGCCGGAGGGGCGCGCAAUCUGUUAGCCCACUCCCCGCUGGCCAGCCACCCGGCCGCCGCGGCGCCUACGUUGAUGCCCGCUGUCAACUAUGCCCCUCUGGAUCUGCCAGGCUCUGGGGAGCCACCCAAGCAGUGCCAUCCUUGUCCCGGGGUGCCCCAGGGGGCGUCCCCAGCUCCCGUGCCUUAUGGCUACUUUGGAGGCGGGUACUACUCCUGCCGGGUAUCGCGGAGCUCGCUGAAGCCCUGUGCCCAGGCGGGCACCCUGGCUGCCUACCCCUCGGACACUCCUGCGGCUGGGGAGGAGUAUCCCAGCCGCCCCACCGAGUUUGCCUUCUACCCAGGCUACCCGGGAGCCUACCAGCCCAUGGCCAGUUACCUGGACGUGUCAGUGGUGCAAACCCUGGGCACCCCUGGGGAGCCUCGCCACGACUCCCUGCUGCCAGUGGAUGGUUACCAGCCCUGGGCCCUGGCCAGUGGCUGGAACAGCCAGAUGUGUUGCCAGGGUGAUCAGAACCCACCGGGUCCCUUCUGGAAGGCUGCGUUUGCAGAGUCCAGCGUACAGCACCCGUCUGACGGCUGUGCCUUCCGCCGUGGCCGCAAGAAGCGCAUUCCCUACAGCAAGGGGCAGCUGCGCGAGCUGGAGCGCGAGUAUGCGGCCAACAAAUUCAUCACCAAGGACAAGAGGCGCAAGAUCUCGGCGGCCACCAGCCUCUCGGAACGCCAGAUAACCAUCUGGUUUCAGAACCGCCGGGUCAAGGAGAAGAAGGUUCUGGCCAAGGUCAAGACGAGCGCUACCCCUUGAGGGGUCUCCUGGCUGGCUGGGUGGGGGGCAGGAGAGUGGGGGUGUCCUGGGGAUACCAGGAACUUGUCAGAGCCAGGCUCUGGCAAAAGACUGCAGAGCUGACACCCCUGGUGGGCCACUGGCUCCCAGCUGUCGUAGGAGCACUUGAGCACCCUGUCGGUGCCAGCAGAGAGAGGCCGGGAGCUGAGUCUCCCAGAGAAUCGGUCUGUCCAUCUUUCAUCCGCUCCGUGGCGUUAAUCGCGAUAACCAGGCCCAGCUGCGUGCUAAUUCGCCUUCUGUUUUCUGUGUAGAGCUCGGUAGAGCAUUUUAGACACUGCUUUCCUGGAUUAAGCUGAAUAAACUCGGAAGGAGACCCCUUUGCA